CAUGGCAGGAAUACUAAAACAUGGAGACCAAGGCUCCAAUAAAGAGGACUUGCCCUACAGCCAAGAGCAGCUCACGAGCUUUAAAUAAAAGAAAUGAAAGUGGACAUAUGAAAGGUUCAAAACGUCUCCCUCGAUCUGGGAGGAAUCAAGCCUCACUACAAUAUAAAGCCAAGAAAGGUGGUGUCCUUAAAAGUGGACAAAGUCAUUCAGGUGAGGUUCAAAAAGAGACACCAUUCUCAAGCCACCCUAAGAGGGAUCAUGGAAGGAUGUUAGAUGCAAAGCUGAAGACCGAACCAAGAACUGGAGAAAGUAAUGAACUUAAGAAUUCACAUUUUAUGAAACAACCCAAGCAAAGUGCAGUUGCAGUGAGAAAUGCAUGCUCCAGAAAGCGAAGUGCCCCAAGCCGUGUCAGGAAAUCUGCAACAUGUCAAGACGAGAAGGGUGAGAGAAUGUCAGAGAAGGAAAAGUUGAAAGAGGAAAAGGUGCAGGAUAUGAAGCCUCCCCCAUCCCACUUGGUCAUGAUCCAGGUGAAUGUGAGGAAUGUCUCUGCUACAGCCACUCUCACACCCUGCAGGCUAGACCUUCUUCAUCAUGCUGCUUUGAGCAUCCCUAAUGUCAUAUUCAAGAGAGAGUAUCUGAGCAUCAGCUUGCGCAACCCCCGAGUGUGCAUCAAUGUAUUUCAAAAUGGGAAAAUGGUAGUUGUUGGUGGAGACAGUGAGGAGGAGUGCAGAGUAGCUUUUCUGAAAGUCAUUUGCAAGAUCAAGAAGUUGGGCUAUCAUGUAGAGAUGAAGUAUUUCAAGAUCACAAAUGUUAUGGCCACAUGCAGGCUUCCCUUCAUUUGCAAGAACCAUGAAGUGGUUGCUUCCUUUCCCAAGAAUGCCAGCUAUGAACCAGAGAUCAGUCCAGGCCUGAAUGUACGAGAUGAAGAGCUUCAUGUCUCCUUUGUCAUCCAUGCAACUGGCAGCGUCAUCAUAAUUGCUCAAAAUGAAUCCAACAUCUCAGUAGCAGUCAAGAAGUGGUAUCACAGACUGAAGAAAUGUGCCACACCUACACUGUAGGGGCAGAGUUUGUUCAUGUGAGAAAAGUUAGUCUCCUUAAACAGGAUGACUUGUUUUUUAUUGUCUGUAUCUGUUCAUCAUGCAAUCUCUCUUAUCCUAUGUCUAAGUUUAGUCAGGCAAGUCUGCCAUGAAUGGUCUUGCAAGGGUACACCAAAGUUCAUUGUACCUUAUUAUUUCCAAAAGAGAAAAUUCCAGUGUGGGUUUAGGAAUCAAGCCAGUGAUGGGCAGUGUGAGCCUUCAUGUAGCCAAAUCUCCCUAGUCCUCAUUGUUUCCAUGAAAAAAGUGCUAUGUUCUUUUUUUUUUUGCCUCGUUCUUCUAUGGUAAUGGUGGAAAUGUGAAAAUUUGCAAAUUUAGGGAAAUCUUUAAAACAAGGAGAUAUGCAAGUUUGCAAAGUCCCCAGGAAUGCCUAAUUCCCCAGUAAUGCCUUGUUCUUGAGGGUGGGAAGCAGAAAUUAGAGUAGUUCCACUUUCACUUUGUUACAGAACCUGGAAAUCUGAUUUUGAAUUUGAAAAGUAUUUUAGACCUUGUCCAUUAAUCUGUCUUCCACUACUGGCGUUUACUAUUAGUGGUUUUAGGCUUCUUGGUAUCAGUGUGAUCCCUAGAAUAGCAAGAAACAAAGUUCCAGCUCUACUACCAA